GCGAGUUCAGUUCAGUCGAACGGGACGCUCCGACAAGAGUGGCCGCCUCGUCCGAGAACAGAGACGUCACGAACUUUCUGUUACGUCACACGUACAGCUCGAGGGUGAAAUUCUGAUCGUAGAUAAUAGUGUCCCUCUGAGGGAGGUUUAUAAAUUGGUUCUGUGGGAUGGUGAUUUGAUAAAAGUGCGAUGGUGCGUUGUCGAGGUGUUAAGCGAGUGACCAUCAUGCAUGCCUGCACUACCUUGCUGUGGUUGGUCACCUGUUUCAACGGUUUACAUGCAAUAAAAAUAGUGAAGUUCGUAGUGCCAGAGAUAAUUCAGUAUGGUGUUCAAGAUUCGGUAAUAUUAGACUGUGAUUACACGUAUGGGAACAGGACUCCAGGUCUUAUGGUGAAGUGGUUCUUCAGAAGCAAAACGAGACCAGUGUAUCAGUGGAUAGUGUCACAAAAGCCACAGGACAUAGGCAUUUUGAGGGGCCGUGUGGACCUUAAUUACAGAGCUUCAGAUGACCCAUUAAAAAUGUAUAGAGCCCUUCGAAUAGUUAAAUUAGAUACGGACAUAUCUGGUGAAUAUAUUUGUGUAGUGUCUACGUUUUUAGAUGAAGAUGUUAAGAGUAAACACAUGACGGUCUUUGUGCCGGAGACGAGUUUUCGAUUAAUCCAGAACAAGACAGAUGACGACACGGUCAACGUCAUCUGUGCAGCGGACGGAGCCUUCCCUGCGCCAAACCUUACUAUAGCGACGCCAGAGAAACAUCUACAAGGAGUGGACCACAAAGUGCAGCUUGUCAACGGGAGGUACUCAGCAGUAUCGUCCGUCACACUCAAUGAUGCAGACCUGCCGUCUCCGGCAGAAUUCAUUUGUACGCUAAGAAUACCACAGGCAAAGUAUGCCGUUAGAAAAGAAGCUAUUUAUUAUCCAGGUCCAAUAAGCACGACUCCUGAGAUGCCCACAGCAGCAGAUAUGCAAUUAGCAGCCGCAGUCAGUUCGAGAGAGGCAAACUCCUUUAUGGCAUUCACAAUGGCUUUUUUGACAGUACUUGUUCGACUUCUUGUCUCAUAAAUACGCCAGGAAGAAUAUUUUCGUUCCAAAAAAAUAUAUAUUUAAGUUACACUUUUUUACUUUAUCAUACAAAAUAUGUCGUGAAAAGGAGUCAGUAUAAUUGACAACCCUAAUGUGACGUUUGAUAGUCAUACACUUUUUUCGAUAUCAAUGAAAACUCACAUUUCUCAGCAUAAUUUUCUGGAAUAGCAUUAAGGCUUAUUAUUACUGACACAUUCCGUAUAGUUCUAGUCAAACCCAAAGUAACCACAACCAAAAGAAUAGGUUAAAAGAAACAGCUUAAAAUAAAAACACCCUUUGUAAUUAUCAAGCAGAAAAAAAUAGCUUUACGUGUUAAUAAGUUACGUCGAUGUUUUUGAUGAAAGCAAAUAAAUAAAUAAAGAAAAGUAUUAAAUAAAAAAAAAUAGGGAAUAAAAAAAUCGGUGUAUGAAUUUCGUAUUUCGAAAAUAUUUUUCAUUAUGAAAACCAAAGUUUUAAAUGUGUAUAUAAGAGUUUCUUUGAAAGAAUAUGUACAGAGUUGGUAGAUAGAUGUAUGGUCAUGGGCCUAAGGAAGGACAUUUUGAAAAAUCGUGAGUGGUUAAUGUGGAAUGUAUUGCUAAGUCUGCAUCAUGAGGCAAGUCUCUGUACUUGCGUCGUGGUACUGUAUAGAUAUUUUUAGUUACAGGUUAUUUGCAAAUAAUAAUUAAUAAGCAUGCCGCAAUAUUUUUAUUAUAUAGCAUAAUCAUUAUAAUAAGUUACAUAAUAAUUAAUCUCAUCAUUAUGAAAUAAAAUUAUUAACAGCUUAUAGAAGGAAAUGACAAUUUAUUCACUGUAUUUAGACCCAAAAAUUAGGCAAUUUUUAAUGAAUUAUGGAUGUUUUUAGAAAAUAAUAUUAUUUUGAAUUGUUGUCAUUUGCUUCUACUAAAACAGUCAUUCAUAAACGAAUAUAAAUAUUAACACACGAUGUUAUUUACAUUAUUUUUUAUUAAUCAAUAUGAUAAUCAUUAUAAUAAUUUUAUUCCAAACGCUAUAUUUAUUUAGAUGAAAUAUUUCCAAAGACGAUAUACGUAUAAUCUGUACAAAGUGGAAAAUGAAUCGUUAAUGUCUAAAAUAUUGAAAUCACGACACUCAAUUCGUUAGUAUAAAGAUCCAUUAUGAAAUAAUAAAAUCGCAGUAUAUUUUUCAUUUUUAUUUACUACAGUACAUUUUAUUAUACAACGAAAAGAGCAGAAUAAAAAAUAAUACAUUUAAUCCGAUUAUCCGUGUACAUUUUAUUUUUAUUUUUUGUGUGCUACGAUCACUUGCAACAUUUUACAUUAAAAUGAAUUUCAGUAUCAAAUAAAAAUAAAUCGAAUACCCAAAAUUCAUAGGAAAAUUAUACCGAUGUAAAAAUGAGUGUCAUUUAAAAAAAAUAUGUUUCAUCUUAUGCUUACUUCGUGUUUCUAGAAGGGAUAAGAAUGUCCUUUCGUAAACAGGGUAUUGAAUUUAGUUGAUUCUUAAUUUUCAAUUUCAGCCACUGUUCGGUAUGAAUUUUGGACAAUAUUGUAAAAAGAAAACGAUAAGCCCUUAUUCGUUAACUUAUUUUUUUGGCUUCAAUUUCUAUCUGUUCGUCGACAACCUUAAGAAGCACAUUGCAAUGGUUUUUUAAAAUAAAAUUGUUAAAUAGUUACCGCGCAAAGUACUCAAUAGGUUAAGUUAAAGCUUCAAUAAAAAUGCGUUCAUGAAUAAGGGUACUUGUAAAUAUUUGUAUGGAUUUAAUAUAAUAAGUUCGUUCUGUUCAAUUAGGUUAAGGUCUAGUUAUAAUAUUUGCUGUGCAUAUUGCCGUUUAUGGAUAAGAUCCAAUCAAGACUUUUAUUGUGAAAUUUCCUAAAAUAAAAAGGAUCGUUGUGUA